AUGGAUGCCCGGUGCCAAUGCGGCGCCGUCUCGUUCAAGACGCCUCUGCCUAAGCCGCUGGCGCUCUACAUCUGCCACUGCGCCGAGUGUCGCCGGCAGACUAGCUCCGCCUUCGGCACCUCCGCCAUAUUCCCACGAUUCCCUCUGCCUCGCGUCGAGCUGAUGUCUUGCUAUACCCGACCGACAACUUCCGGCCACACGCUUUAUUGCUAUUUCUGCCGCAACUGCGGAACUAGAUUGCUUCAUACGACACCGGGGAAGAACGUCGUCUCCGUCAAAGGCGGAUGCCUAGACGGACUCGAUUGGUCGGGGGCAAUCCACAUCUGGACCAAAUCGGCCAUGGUUCCGAUCCCGGAGGGUUCCGAAUGCUACUCGGAAGAGCCUUCCGAGUCCGACUACGGCGCUUCCCAAGAAUCCCUGGACCAACCCUUCGACCCGGCGGGUAUACUCGUCAAUAGCGGUGCGCCCCCGACGGCGGCCGAUAUCGCCGGGAACUCGGACGGUAUAAAACCCGCCAAGAGUACUUGCGAGUUGAGCGGGUUUUAG